UAUGGCGGUUACAUUGGCGGGGAAUGAGUUUGAGUGAGUUGAUAAAUGCUACGAGAUGUUUGAAUAGCAAAAUAUAGGCGAGAAAGUGAAGUUUUGUCCGACGUUGGGAAUUUCAUUGGAAAUGUCUUCAGACUUAGAAUGAAUAAAUAUUGUAAGGUGUCGGCUGUGUGACGCGACAUGAAUAAAUUCCAUGGAUCUUCGGACCGGAACGAAUUAUUUUAUUUUACGCUCUUCUGCGAAGUCUGAGCACAACCUGCUUCAAUCUCGCUAGAGUCGAAUCCAAAACUGACAUGUGUACGAUGAAUAUAUCAGAGGAAGUCAGAAGAUUGGGAACUUCAGGUAUUAAAGCCAUUCAGACGACCUUUCCUAGAGGUGAUAAUUUUUUCUUUUCAAUUUCUCGCUUUUCUGAUCCCUUGUAUUCAUAUACACUCCUGAUACCAGUGGCUGCUGUGGUGCACAUCAGUUUGGCAAUUGACAUGUUGAUGGUGUCUGUCAUGGCAGAGUGGUCCAAUACACUUCUCAAAUGGUUGUUCAUGGAUCAUCGGCCAUUCUGGUGGGUGCACGAGACAGAUAUAUAUGGCAAGGGGCCUCGGCCACACUUGCGACAGACUCCACUAACAUGCGAAACUGGUCCUGGCUCCCCAUCAGGUCACGUGCAGGGAGCCUCAUCACUCAUGUAUGUCAUAGUGCAGCAUGUUAUUCACACAUUCCUCAUGUCCAGCAAGAGGAUAGAUGACAGCAGGAAACGCCAUCUGGGAAUCACAUUGUGGACCUCAUACACAUUGCUCAUGAUUCUGGUGGGCAUCUCGAGACUGUAUACAGCGACACAUUUCCCGCAUCAAACGCUGCUGGGCCUUGUAGCUGGAAUGUUUACUGCGAGGCUGUUUGCUGAUAAGGGGCAAUACACACUGACAGAAACAUGGCAUUCAGCAUCCUCUUGGAAAAUGUUCCUAUGUGGUGUUGUCAUGACUGCAGUCUCAUUUGGUGCAUACUGGUUACAGAGGUUACUAGGUAUAGACCCACAAUGGUCAGUGCGCCUGGCAUUCAAAUGGUGCGAGCAUCCGGAGUGGAUCCAUGUCAACACCACCCCACUCUUUUCACUGGUACGUGAUUGCGGCAGUAUGUUUGGCCUAGCACUGGCAGCCCCCAUUGCAACCAGAAUACACAGCCAGGUGCAGGACAACAUCAUUGUCAGAAUGGUAUGCACACUGGCUCUCAUGGUGGCAUUCCAGGUGGCUUCUGACUUUGUGCCAACAAGUGAUGUGCGACUGUUCUAUGGCUGCCACUUCAUCCUGCAUGUCGUCAAGCCAUUCUUACUGUUCCUUGGAAUCCCUAAAGUGGCAAGACUUCUCAAGCCCAAGCAACAUUAAAGGUCUGUACAAUGGUGACUGUAAACGGUAGUGUCCUGUAGGUUGUAGACAGCCCAACGUUUUGGAAGAGCAUAUCCUUUACUACACAGUCUUACAAUCCAGAAGACCCUGCUUUUCCUGGUCACCACUAUGAGAGCUUCAACUCCAAAAUCUAGCAUAAUGUCUUCAUAUAUUAUGGCCAGUCACUUUGCCUCUAUGGUGGGAUCAGUGAGGAUGUCCAAUAUUUUGGCUGUACACCCUCUUGGAAGUAGGGGCAACAUUAACAUCAAAGGCCCUUGGUGAUGUUCCUUAAGUCUGAAUUCUGUGGUUCUCGUAUUGCUUUAUUUGUGAGUAGACUGACGCUUGUCAUCAUUCCAUUGCAUAGUGCUUACUAUAGUACUGUCAAUGACAGCUGCAUUCUUGCAUGUUUUCAUUUAGGUUUGAGCUAAGUAUUAAAAGCUGUUUACAAUGGAUACAGCCACUGUUUGGAAAUGGGGAAUGGCUCUUGAGUGGACUGGUCAUGUGACUGUACUGGAGGGAGCAACUAGUGUAACAAAACCUCUUGAAGAACUUUCACAAGGGUAAGAUGGCUGGAUCUUAGGGAAAUGGAUGGAACUGGUUCAGGGCCAUGUGCAAUGAAGGGCUUGGGUAGAAUGUCAGUACAUCAUAUGCGUUGAUAGUAUGUAUGUAUAAUUUGUACUCGUAUGUCUCAUCUAAUUUUAACAUUAAACAGAGCAAAUGGUUCUUAAUUGGAAAUAAAUUUUUAAAAAUAAUUUUUAUUUGUCGUGGUUGGAUUGUAGCCUUUUCUGAAGUUCCAAGUGCUAAAAAGAGUACAUUUAAUAAAUUUGAAAUGAUUGGUUUUCUCCCCCCUUCCUAAACAGACAGCUGUAAUUUCAGACUACAAGUUUGGGUGGAAAUUGGACUGGGAGGUGGAGGAAGGCAGGUAUGGAGAGUAAGAUAUGAUCCACAUAGAUAUGAAGUUGACCACAGCAGAGUUGAACUCAUGUUGAAGUGCCCCAACUUACUGGAAUCCUUUCAAGGACCCCAUUCUGAUGGAGCGAGUUGCUUGUUUUGUACUGCAUGCCACCUUUGAUGCUGUGAAAGUGUGCCCAACUGGCGUGAACGUGAGUACACUGCUUGAAAUUUUGCACACCUUAUUGACUUUAUCGUGUUCAUUUAUUGUUGCAGAGCUAAUAUGACACAGAACAGUCAGAUAUAUAUUUUCAUGUUUUAUUCUAUUACAUUUUGAUCAUGUCAGGAAUUGUUUGCAGUUAAACUGUGAUUAAUGUAAUCUGCAGUUUCCAUGUACCAACCUUUACAUAAAAUGAACUACUUUUUAGGAAAUUGAUACUGAGCUUCAUGUAAAGGGGAUAUACUGGACUUAUAUCACACAUAUUAAUUUUCUUGCAGAAAUUACAUUCAUAUGGUUGAGAGAUCACUUAUUUGUGUGGAAACAGAAAAGAAGUAAAAAACUUGUCUUAUUUGGGAGAGAGAGAGAAGGAAGCAUGGAACAGCAUGACAUAAAUUACUGCCAGUGUAAUUUAAUUGAUUAAUUGGCAAAGGGAACAUGUCUAUGUUUCAGCUUUUGCACUUUCCCUUUUUUGAGUAUGUGAUUUGAGUUGUUCCCUGUAGAUGCUGUGAUGUAUGGUAAUGGGAAGAGUUUUAAUUCUUAAAUAGCUUAGUCACUGUUGUAACUAGGUUGACUGUUGGGUUCCAUGUGGGAAAAAGGAAUUUUCUCUCUCUGCCACAUCCAGACCUGGUCUGGGACCCACCCAGCCUUCUAUUCAGACUAACUAUACUCAAGGCGAAAGUGGAAAGAGUUUGAAACUGACCAUUCACCAUCAUCUAGUUCCAGUGUUGAGAAUGAAUGGAGCUGUGCCUCCAGUCUCCUAUAUAUAUUCAUGAUUAUAUGCUUAAUGAAGCAUAUGAACAACUUCACCUUUAUCUUAAUGAUUUUAUUUAGAACAAUGAGUCAAUUUUAUGUGUCUAUUACAUAGCAUCAGAGGUUAUAUUUAUGUGUCUCAGAUACAAGAUUAUAAUUCCUGUUAUCAUCAACUGAACUGUGUGUUGUGCAGACUGCAAAAAUAGAAGCUUAUUUGAGAACUGUAUCUGUGUGCAUGUUCCAGCUACCAAUUACACAUUAGAUUUUGCUGAAACUGGUGUCUGCACUGAAAGUUGUUGGACAUAUAAUUUUGGUAGGUCUGUGUACUGGUCAGUUAUUGGGUUUCUCACAGUGAUGGGUUGUCUUUCAGUGGACCUACAAGUUGUUAAUCUCAGAGGAUGGAACUCUUCAAUUAGGAUGUAAUUUUACAUAAAGCUGAGGCCAUUCUCCGUUGUUUUCUCUAGGAUGGCCUGUCAUAUAUCAGAACAAUGAUGCAUGAGAUAUGAUGUAUAUAUCUUGAAGAUAUGUGAAAGAAUUUCUGAUAAGGUGAAGAGAACAGUAUGGAAAAUAUAUUUCUGCUCUGUGCAGUUUAAUACCUAUACUGCAAUUAGUUCUGCAACAGUAGAUUUGUAUUUGUAUUGAGGUAUGCAAAAUUGCAAAGGAGCAGCAUCUGCUGAAUAUUUGCAAUGGUCUUGAAAAUGUAAACUUGGUUUGGCACUGCAGUGACAGAAUUAUAACUGUGAUGUGACGUGUUACAGUUUCUGCGAGAAAUGAGCAUUGCCACUUCACAGGAAGGUGGUAUCCUGGUGGUGUAUAUAUGUAAUAAACACACUCUUGGGCUGUUCAUUCACCAGAUAAUCCAGCAAAGAAGAGAACAGUAAGUGACAUGAAUAUAUGAGAGAAUUAUUAGCCAUGUUCAACAAGGAUGUUCAGUAGAGAAACAGUUCCGAUUAUCACAAUUUCUGAAAUGCCUGACAGCAGGAAUUAUCUGCCAGUGAGUACCAGAACUACAAGUACACAUAUAGGGAGUAGUGCAAGUAUGAGAGUGAGCACUCACGGGUCGAGAAGCAAGCCCUGCAAUCACACCAACACCAGCAACAUAAGAGGAAAUCUCAGCAGUACCUCAGAUUUAAAGUAGCACUUUAUACCAGGUAGUCCAAGUAUGGACCAGUUGUGAGAGUGUCGUCCAGAGUAGACAAAAAGGGCCAGAAGGUCUCAAAAAAGAGCAACUGCAAAAGAGGUGUGUCAUUGACAGUUGGCAGCAACAGUUGUGAUGGAGGUUUUUGUUGCUGGGAAAAAUGAGAGCGGAUACUGCAGAAAGUGCAGAGGUUACUAUUAUGACACAAAUCAUAAAUAUUUUUUGAAUGGCUGGUUGAGAUGUCACAUGUAACAUGCUUGGUAUCACGAAUGCCGCUGAAAUGGAAAGACAAAUAACAGGCUUAUGUGUAAAUUAUGCUUGACAAAAUGACUGUGUGUCGACAAAUAUUACAACAGUGUAACUGGAAUAUAAUGCAGCUAUGUUUAUGAUGAAACUGGCUUCAUGUUUAUUCCAUUUUCUGUAAAAAGUUUCAUUGUGUACAACAAAUUACUAAUGUGAUAAAUUGAAAUAUGAAAAUAAAUUUUUGUGGUUCUU